GCUUCUAGCAGCUGCCAACGCGAUUCUGGUGGAUCGAAUUAAGCUACCACACCGUCGAAGCUGCUCCAUAUUGACCUCCGCAUGGUCUUUCCCGUAUCCGCACCUCUGUCUAACUCUUCUGCUUGUUCGAUAUGGCUGAAAGGGCCAAAACCGCGCUCCGACCCUUCAGUUCUGUUAACGUCCACUCGACCCACGGCCAUCCUCUCGGAGUGCAAAAUGGCAAGUCUCAAAAGAUGCGCAUGACUGGACGAGUCGAAGAUGGGUCUGGAUUGACGGAGAAGCAGGAGACCUUGAGUAGACCAGGGAGUACGACAAGCUUGCGGAAUAACAUAAAGGAGAGGCGGGUUUCUGCUCAGAAAGAAAACCUUGGAACAGAACCCGGUGUGUCAAAAAUUCCCAGAGCUAAAUCCGUCACUACCUCCAGUAAAGUGAAGCCCGUCCCUGACUUUUCAAAAUUGCACCGACAAUGGGAAUCCAAAAUCUCGCAAGGAAAAUCUCGCAAACCUACUAGCACAACGUUCGAACAUAAUUUACCUGCGACUGCCGCCCGUCCCUCUACCAGUUCCAAAUCUCGUAAACCUACCAGCACCUUAUCUGAACAUAAUCCAUCUACGACUGCCACCCGUCCCAGUACCAGUCCAAACGGUUCACCUUUGGAUGAUCCAACUAAGGUCCGAAUUACUUCUUCGACCGCACCUCCACCUCCACCUCCAUCAUCAGUCCCUUCCACUGCCUCACGUACAUCAACGAACACCGGUCUUCUCAAAACCGGGCUUCAAGGGCCAGCCCGAACCGCUGUUAGAAAGCCCAUGCGAAAGCCGCCGGUUAAAGAAGAAUUCCACAAUGAGGCACUGUCCGAUAUCUUGAAUAGCACAGACACAAGGGAUCUGGACUCCCGGCAUACAUUGGCGCCGAGAUUGGGAAAUCCGAAGCGGCUAACAUUAAAUCCUGCGAAACGCGUAACACGGGUACCUGUUGAGGAUGAGUUCAACAAUGCCAAUUUGGCGGAUAUCUUGGACAGCAAUGAUGCGGAGCAGCUUGAUGCACGAACAGUGAGGCGAACGACGGGCGCAUGGGGUUUGGGGAAUCCGAGGCGGCUUACCGUUAGUCGAGGAACCGCCAGGCGGGCAACGGUUGCAGUGCGACAUCAGGGAGCAGAUGAUCAGACGAAACGAGCGUCCAUGUAUGCUGGAGCCAUCCGUGUUGCACGCAAGAAUCCGACGCAGACCUCUCACCUGAGCAAUGAAUCUCCAUCCCCGUCGAAGGAUGUCCUCUUACCCAUCCCUGCACCAGAACCAACAGCAGAUCCAGCGCCCCUCUCUUUACUUCAGAAAGGAAUGGACGAGUACUUUGCUCGCCGUAACAACCCACCUAAAACUCCUUCCAUGGUGAAAUUUGUCACUGCGCCCACACCAAGGGAAAAACAGCAAAGCCUCGCUCGAAAAAUGGGUAUGAUUGUUGCUGAGACGUUUGGAAUGACUCCUCAGAGAACUGUUACUCAGGGCGUGCUGGACAUUGCACGGACACCACGAGUUGCCAAUCUGACCCUGAGACAGAAGUUUGAGGCAGAAAAGGGACAAGACGAUACCGUGAUUGAGCGCGGCAUGAGGACGUUGGAAAAGUUGGUGGACGAUGUCCAGAAUCAUGUUGGAGGCGGGUACGAAGAUGAGCGAGUGGAGAAUGGUAAUGGUGUGCCAGUGGACCAUGCAAGCUCUGUGCUCGGCAGUUUCUCUACUGCUUCCCACGGGUCUGAGCCAUCGGUAGAAACAUUGCAGAGUGCAUCGAGUAUAUCAAAUCAUUUUCAAAACUCUCACGUAUCGGACACUGGAACAUAUAUGCAGCAGGACAACCGUUUACCACCAUUCAGCGCCAUCGCCCUCCCCUUAAUACCGCCAGUGCAGUCCCUGAUGCUACUUCCCGUCGGUCAGCCGACCGUUGUUCCCCUGGUGGGACCACCGAUACGGCCACUGAUUCCAAAUCCGUUUGAGGUGCUGGAUAUGCAACCCCCUACUGUCGGCUUGGUCAGACAAACGCACGAGAAUACUGAGCUGGAGUCAGUGCAUGAACGAGACACGAGCAAAACGGAGGUCGGCAAUGGCUUUCCAAAUCCAGUCCACAAUGCAGUUUGUGGUACCCAGGCGCCAGCUCCGAGUAUAGCAAAGGAGUUAACCUUUAGUACCUUUACCUUAGUCCAACCUGAAAGAUUGAGUGCAACAGACGACUCCUGGCGUGACGUUGUGGGUAUUACUUCUGCCCCUUUGGACAGUUCUGAAGGGCUAGUGGCCAAUAGUACGAGCUAUCAUGACCAACAGGCAUCCACGGGGGAAAUAUCUUUGCCCGCACCAACCAAUUUGGAGAUUGCGUCCGUUUCCAAUGUCCAGUCAACCCAAGCAUGUAGUUCCACCCAAACGAGGGACGCUGCCAUCCCUAACGCCCAACCUGAAAACUCACCACGUGCCAGCCCACCAAGUACCGCCGAAACAUCGCGAAGGAGACGACGCAGUUCACUCCGACGAUCUUCAGUUCCUGAUGUCGAUCGCAUUCGGGAGGAAUUAAACCAGCUUGAGCUUGAGGAGGCUGAACUGCUGAGGCUUAUGGAGGAAUUGGAGGACGGUGAAGAGUUCUCCGAUGAUGAAGGGUGGGCGGAAGACUGAGUUUUCGAAAAGUUUGGCAUUUUCCUUUGGUUACCAUUGUUGUUAAUGUCAUUGUAUAGUGCAUAUCAAACAGAAAAAAUCGAUCAAUCUUUUUAUAAACAUUUAUAUACCCUACACUAAAGGUAUUACAAUUAUAUGUGGCCAUCUCAAAACAUACAGCAUGAACUAUCACAUGUAUAUAUCCUAGUGCAAUAUAUGCAUAGCUAUAUAAC